AAUACGGUUGUCGUGUGAUAGGUUCUAACAUUGUAUUACGGUAAUAUGCUUAUUAGGAACGUAUUCGGUACAAAUAAAAUAAACCGUUCGGGCAAACGACGUUUCAUUGCGAUAGAGUUUGUUGUCAUGCGCGUCAAUUCAUAAAAACAGUGUUAAUAAUACAAUAUUAUUAUUAUUCCGCGAAUUAUUAAUUAUCAUUGUAGUUUUUCACUACAUUUUGACGGUAUCAUAUUUUUUAUUUUUUUAUUUUUCGAACAUAAAAGUUUGUUGAAAUAUCAUAAUGGUAAGAAUUUUAAAUUAUACAUUAGGCUGUUUCGAUUUUUUUUUCGAAUUAAGCCCGAAAAAAAUUUGUUUGGAUCGCGCUCAACGUAUAUUUAGUUUUUCGAUUUGAAUAGCAUAGGAAAGUAACGAUACUUUUAAUUAAAUCACAUUUCCUCAUUAAAUUUGGAAUUUACAAGGUUGUAUAUAGAUUUUUCUAAAAGAUCACAAAACAAUUCACUUGGAAUCCAGUGAAAUUUUAUUGUUACUUAUAAGAAUAGCUUAUUUGUUUAGAUCUAUACAAAUUUAGUUUUUUUUAACUUUUAUUCAUAUUAUAAAGUUGUAAAACACAACCACUUUUUGAUUAAAAAUGUUCAAAUAACGUUAAUUUUGUAAUUUAUGUAAAAACCUUACUAUCGAUUCUUGGUUAUAGAUCAGUUUCACUGACUAUAAUGAGUAGACAAUUUAAAAAAAAUCUGAAAAUUUCUAUAAAUUUUUACAAAAUGAGCUAUUCUUAUACAGUAUAAUUUCACUUGAAUCCAAGUUAAUCGUAUGUAUUAUUCUGUGAUCUAUAAGGAAAACCUAUAUAAAAAUUCGUAACUUUUGAAAUUGAUGAAUAAGUGUGGCUUAAUUGAAAUGAUUGUUAUUUUCCAGCAUGUUAUUUAAAUAGAAAGACUAAUUAUGAGAUGAGCAAGAUCAAACAGUUUUAUUUUUGGGCUCAAUUUUUUUCGGGAGUAAGUUUGGGACUACAAGGGAGAAAUUUUCUAGUUUUAUUUUAAAAAAAAAAGUAAAACUUCCAAACAGCCUAUUAUUUAUAUUUCGAAUUUAAUAUAUUUUAUUGGUCAUUAAAAUAAUACAUAAUAUAUGUUUCAUGGAGAUCUGACAAAUGUAAUAAAUUGUGUUCGAGAUUUUAUUGAAUAACAAAUUGUUUUUACAAAAUCUGAAGUAGCUUUAUCAUAAGUAUAUUUUCAAAGACGUAUUAUGUAAAAUAUUAUGUAAAUAUAUAUUAUGUAGAAUUAGAACAAAUAUGCAUGCCGGUCAGCAUAAAAUGAACGUUGUCCAAAAUAUUGAAAGAGGCUCGCGAUAUAUUAAACAACUAUAAUUUAACCGUUCUAAGUCUGUAUGAAAUGGGAAGAAAAAUCGAAAUUACUUUCGAAAUAAUUUGAGAUGAUAAUUCGAAUGUACCUUUCGUAACAACCCUGAAAGGAAUUCGGACGUUUCGGAACCAAUUUGCAGCCCUGUGAAAAAUCCAGUAUAAAAGGUUUACUCAUCAAAAAUGUAUCAUUUUAUCGGGUAAAACCUUUACUUUAGUUGACUAUUUUAUUCGAGAUUAAAUUAUCCUCUGAAGUUUAUUACUGGAGCUCAUGCCGCAAAACGUACAAUGUAUGUUUAUGUAGUUAAUGAAAUUAUUAAAUGCUUUCUAAAAUAAUAAACAACUAUUUUCCGAAAAUAAUUGGUGCAGCCGACGUACGGUACCUUUUACGCAAAAUUAAUUAUAACACAACCAAUAAUUAUAUAGAUCACUUAGUUUAAUAUUAAUUAAACUAACUGAUCCGUACAUUAUAAAUAAAAUUACUCACUCGUAUUAUUAAAUAACGAACGUAACACAUGAGUAUAAUGUUGAAAAAAAAAAAGUAAAAAGACGAAUAGUACAAAUUACAAGGAGGUCCAUUUAAAUGGACCAUUCUUAACAUAUAUUGUGGUGGUGUCAUUUUUCUAAUGCUCUGGAUACUGAAAUAUUUCACAAAAGUUUUUAGACAUUGAAUCGUGUUAAAAAUUAUCUAAAAAUAUACUUCGCUCAAAAUCGUGCUUGGUUAGCAAUGGUUUACCGUUGUUCACGGAUAUAAAUUAAAUAACUUUGUGUAUCCUACCUUAUCAACUUCCCACCUAUAACAGCACCCAUCAGCAUUUAGCCAGUAUUUUAAUCAUUGGCGUAUUUAGUGGAGGUGAUGGGGAUGCCAGGGCCAUAGCAACCAAAUAUUGCGUCCGGUUCGAAACUUCAAAAUGCGCCCUCCUGAUUUAUAAAUUAUGAUGAUAACUCAAACCUAAAAAUGUUCAAAAUUAAUGUUUUUUGCUACAUAAUAAUUUUGUAAACGCUUGUUGGUCUUAUAUCAAUAUUUUUUUUAAAAUAUAAACAUAUAAUGUUAUAUCAGUUAUUAAUCGUAAGUGACAUAAUAAUAUUUGUUAUGUUAAUAGGUACAUCAUGACAUUAAUCACAUUUAGAUUCCAAUUUGUCUAGAUUUUUGCCCUGUGAAGUCUUCAAUGAGUUCGUUCAUAUCCAAUGUAUUGAUCGCUGUAACAUGUUCAAUGGGUUAAAUCAUAGCUAGAAUAUAAUAAUAUUAUUCUGAACAUUUACGUCACGCGUACACGCGCAAACGUGCGAGUAUAAUUAAUUCCAUAAUUUAAUUUAUUAAUCUGCAUUAUGCGGUACACAUGCAACACAUGCAAUACUAUAGUUCAUAGCUGUAAGGACAUAUAAGGCUGUAUGGCUCUAUAUGCUAAGUCAGCUAAGUUCAGGAGCCAAGAGGUCACGACAGAACGAUGGUCAAAACACAAACAAUAUCAAUUUUUAACGUAUUAUCCGGUAAACACGACACGUAUAUAGUGUACCUAUACAUAAAAUCAGUCAGGUAUAUUUAUAAUAAAUUCGGAUAAAUUUUUUUGCAAUAAUAAACGAAAUUUAUAUUCGUAAGUAUUAUCGUCGUUAAUUUUUUUUUAAUUUCAAGUAGUCUAUAUAAUAUAAGUAUAUAUAUUAUUUAUUUGUUGAGCAAGAAAUGACCAAAUCAGUUGAUUUCAAAGUGUUAUUGAAGUGUUGACUCCAAUACAAAGAAGAUUACCAUUAUAAAAUUAUUAUUUUAGAUUCUGAGAGUGUAGCGAAGAAUGUAUUGGUUUUACAAAGAUGUGUUUUUUUUUUCAUGCUGUGUGCAGAAAUUCUACUACAAAAAUCUUGCUCCAAUAUCUACGCGUGGCACCAUUUCUUAAAGAAAAUUUUGUCCGGAUGGUACUUUAGGAAGGUCAUUUUUUGAUUUUCCAAGCGGUUUUCACAAUAACUGGUAAAAACCAGAACAAAACAUAAGAAAACGGGAAAUUUACGUUUUUUCCUGGGUAUUCCUGAUAUUAUGAAAACUGCUUAGAAAAUCAAAUAAUGACCUUAGUGAAGCAAAAUUUCUAGUAAAAAUUAUUGUCACAGUAUAAAAAAACAUCGGUGUAAAUCCAAUAGGUACAUUCUUUGCAACACUCAAAAUCUAAAAUUUGUAUCUAAUUAAUCAUUUCCAAUUUUGAUUCAAAAAUCAAAUAUCAUUAUUUUAUUAUAUCUUUGCAAAUUUAUAAUUCUCACUUAGUUUUCCACAAUUCUAUCUCACCCUUGAGAGAAUAUUUAUUGAAAUUUAUAACAAAGUAUUUUCAUGAUCCAAAAUCAUCUUUAUGGCAUUUGGGAUCAGUUGCAUUUUUACUUAUUUGUACAUAACAAUUACGUAUAAUUUUUUUUAUAACAAAAAAGAACAUCACACGGCUUAUGGAGAGGGGGCGAUCCCCUUCAGGGACGUGCCUGCUAUAAAUUGUGUUUUAAAGGCCGUAAUACUUACGAUUUUCUUUAAAACUUGAUUUUAAAACUCUUAUAUAAAAAAAAAAAAAUAUAUUAUAAUGUACUUCCUGUUCAAUUGUCAAGAAUUUCUGUUUAGUCUAACAACUUUACCCACGUAGUAUCUAUCGAAUAAAUAUACAGAAUAAACUCGCAAAAUUAAAAUGUCUAUGAAUAGCUCAAAAACGGCUCAAAUAUUUUGAAAAUUUUAUUACGUCUAGAAAAACACGAUAGAUUUUCUUUUAAAAAGAUGAAGUCCCUGUGGAUAUUUUUAACAGAAUUAUUUUUAUAAGGUUCUUACUUAUUAGGUUAGGUUAGUUGGCAAAAAAAAUCGUAUUUUUCUUCCUUUUUUUGGUAUUUCCUAAUUAUUAUGAAAAAUACUUUAGAAAUCUAAAAAUUGUUCAACACGUAUCAACAAUACAAUUUUAUUUCGUCUUUGUAAACUUAUCUAUUGUCUUUAUAUGUAAACAAAUCACGUAUUCAGUUAUUCUAAAUGAUAAUAAAUACGUUUGAAUGUAUUUGAAUAUUUUUAUCGCGGUGCACAGAAAAAAUAAGAAUAAAAAUACCAACAUUUUUUCAUAGAAAUUCGUUAUUGCGUGCCAUCUCAUAAUUGAUUAAUUAAUAAUUCAUAAUUGUUGAAAACAUAAUAAAAACAAUGAAAACGAUAACGCCGCGGCGCUAAAUAUUUGCCGUUUUUUCAUAUAAUUUUCUUUUGGAUUUUUCCCAAUUAUUUCAAAAACCCAUGAAAAAUUGAAAAAUGUCACCAAAAGAAAAGUUAUUACAUUUGAAAAUCGGAUCAAGAUUUAUGUUAGUUAAAUUGUUUACAGAUAAAAAAAAAAAUAUAUUUUUAAUAAACAUCAUUGUAAAACCAAUACAUUAUUCCUCGCUACGCUUCGAAUCUAAAAUUAUAAGUAGAUAUAACAGGGUGUUAUAUACACUUAAAUAUUAAAAUAUCUUGACAUUCAAAAAUGUCUCCGUAUACAUAUGUUUUAGACACCACCUUGUCUACAGCAAAUCAAGCAAUGUUCAAUUAAAUUUACUGUCGAUUCAGUAAUAACUUCAGUAAUCCCUACACACUAAUCGUGUGCUAAUAAUGUGUGCUUUAGUUAACGGAUCCGUGAAAUUCUAAAAAUUGUUCAACGUUUUUGGACGUAUCCUUACGUACCUCGAUUACAAUUAUUUUUUUAUUUUUUUAUCUAUUAAACUCUCAUCAAUUUUAUACAGCUAUAUUUUUUUAUGGCAUUUUAUCACUUUUCAAUUCAAAGCGGAGAGAAGUAUCUAUUGGUAUUACUAUGAUGUGUUGUUUUAUUUUUUUGCGUGUCUGUGAGCAAGUUUUCCACCUAAAAUUUUGCUCUUAUAUAUCAAGUGUAAUGCUUUUUCCGAAAAAGAAAUUUUAUCUAGAUGAUGCAUUAAACAAGUGGUUAUUUUGAUUUUCCAUUGGAUUUUUGAAAUAAUUGGAAAAAACCGGAAACAAAAUUUAAGUUGAAACGACAAGUAUUUACGGCGUGUCACGACGUUACCGAUUUAAUUGUUGUACGAACCAGUCAUUUUUACUAGUUUUAAUCAAAAAAUAAGUUUUAUUGUAGCAUUUUUGAUCUUGUUGUUCACGAAAUUAGUUAGAUUUUCUAGAUAUAGUAAUAUUUUAAAAAUAUUUGAGCAAUUUUUAAGCUACUUAUAGACAUUUUAUAUGAGCGAACUUUUUACGUAAUUUUAUUUGGUAGAUAAAUAAGUACUACUUAAAUAUCAUUAUUUGACCCAAUAGAAAUGCUUACAAAUUUAACAGGAUGAUUAUUAAAAGUUAUACAUGGUUAAAAAAAAAAUGUAGUCAUUUUUUUAAAUUUAUUUGAUGAAAAUCAAAUUUUAAAGUAAACCUUACAACCUUACAACCAUGCAAUUCAUGAAUAAACGAACUUUGACUAAAAUCAGUUUAUUUCAUGCAAUGGCGUAUCGUUGUUUACAAAUAUGAAUUAAAUAACUUUAGAUAUCUUACCUUCCUGACUUCUCACCUAUAACAGCUAGUGGCAUACUCAUCCAGUGCCGUGUCUAGCAAAAUCGGCACCCAGGGUCAGAAAAACCGAGGCACCAAUGUUUUGAGCGGAAAAAAAAGGUCAAUCUGAUACAUUUAUUGUAAAAAUAUUUAAUUACAGAACUUUAGAAAUGCUCAAUGGCACCCCUUGUAAUCAUAGCGUACAGAGUGUGAGUAUCUCUCGCACACUCCUAAGCAUAUGGCUCUGCACUCAUCCGCAAUAUUAGCUCUUCUUUUUUUUCAAAUUCUGUGAUUGUAAGAUCAUAAAAUAAAUUUAUAAAAAUGAUACUAGAUAUGUAUGUGUCAGAAGGUCGCGUACGACGAUAGACCAUUAUUAUAUACGACAAAUACACAUGUGCCUAUGACGUGUGAAAGUUGACGUUCGACAUUAAUCUAUAAUGAUUAUUCUAAUCGUUUUUUUUUUUUCUUUCAGUUCAUUUGGUUGAUCAGUUUGACGAUCUUAACAAUAGCUAGCGAUAUUGUUUUAAGUGCGCCAACAUUAUCGAGUACCAAUGAGACUGAACCCGAAUUCAAUAGGUUUUUACUACAAUUCGCAUACAACAAAUACCCAAUGACAGCACCAAUAUUGAAUCCCGAUGGCAGCAUUAAAUACAGAAUAGCUAUUAUCAGUGAUCUGGACAAGGCCUCGAAAAGUUCUACAGAACCUUACACGUGGAUAAGCUAUUUAAAGCGGGGUUACCUAACCUACAGUCCACAAAAUAAAAACGUAUCGAUAGACUGGGAUUUUGACGCUAAACUAUUUAAAUCCCAUUAUUCAAUGAAAGGCCGCGGUUUAGAACUAUCGGAAUUGGUCACUUACAAUGGUCAACUGAUAACCAUUGAUGACAAAACCGGUUUAGUUUAUAAAAUCGACGGCGACAAAUUGGUGCUGUGGCUGAUAGUUGUCGGUGGCAAUGGGAAUCAAAACAAAGGUAGCUAUAUUAUAUGCCUAUGUAUUGGAUUUAAUUUCGAAAACGCUUUGGACAUCAGUAGGGCCCGGAAUUGUAUGCAAAUGCAUAUUACGCUACAAUUCACAUAGAAUAAUUUUAAAUAAAAAUGUUGUGAUGUUUCGUAGUGUGUAGAUUUUAUGGUUAAUUUUUUAUUUCGCAUAUUUUAAUAAAAAUGCAUAUUAUUUGCAUAUUUCUGGUAAGUUGCAUACAUUUUGCAUAUUUUACAAUAUUUAUUAAAAUGGUAUUUAAAAUAAUGGUUGAAUAAUGAUAUAUUUUAAAAUAUCUUGAUUAGAAUAGAAAAUAUUUAAAAAUAAAUAAUCAAUAAAACAAAAUUUUGUUCAUUAAUUAUCGUAGAACUGAAAGCGUAAAAGCGUAUCAGAUUUGGUACACCAGUGACGAACUUGGGGGAGAGGGUUGAUGGAUACAUCACCCCCCUCCAAAAAAAAAGAUCCUAGUUAUGCCACUGCAAUACACUUUUAAGCUCCAAAUAGGUUAUAUCAUUAAAGUAACUUAAACAUUACUUUAUUAAAUCGCAUUAAUACAAAUUAAAUACUUUUCCUAUCAUUUCUAAUAAUGAUAUAAAUCAUGAUUCAAAAAAAAAUAUUUUCAAAUUUAUUUACAUGGUUCAAUUACUUAUCUUUUAUUUAUUAUUAAUAUAUCUAGACAAGAUAAUCGAUAAAAAUAUUCCUAUCAAGAUAAAACACAAUGCUGUAAUCUUGAUGUACCACAAUCGUUCAUGUUCACUUUUUUAUGGUCCAAAAAACUCGGUUUUUAUAUAAUCCAUAAGCAAUAUUGGCGUAUUAAAAAAAAAAUGUAAAUUUAAAAAUAUCCAAAGUUAAAAUUCAGUACUAUAUAAUUCCACCAGUUUCAAAAGUAUGUAAUUAUUAUUGUAUAUAAACCUUUCAAACUGCAUUACAUUCUCAUAUAAUCUAUAAUUUGUAAAUUGAAUGUAGUUUGAAAACAGAAUAUGUCCAAUGUGCAUUGCUAGUAGUGUUUUAAAUCGAGGUAUUUCCUUGGUUCAAUGUAGUUCAGCUGAAAAACGGAUAGAUAUAGGCCAAUUAAUGAUCAGUUGCAAAAUUGAUUAAAUCAUUGUCUUUUCUUUUUCUUUAAUAAUGUACCAUAGUUUAUACUUAGCUGAUGCUUUAUUUGAGUAAAACAUUGGUGAUAAUAUAAUGAGUAUGACUGAUCCAAAGAAAUAAUGAUACUGUUAAUGAUAAAUAAUAAUUGUAUCCGCUUAAAAUACGAUAUUCAUCAGAGGUUAAUAUUAUGUGAUUUAUUGUAACCUAAUGUCAACAAGUCACAAAGUUCAAAAAUUUAGAUUUCUUGUUUCAAAAGGGAGUAGUUACUGCCAUAUAUUAAUUGCAAAAAUGAAGAAGUCCAAAUUAAAAUCAUUUUAUGAACUUCGUGUUGAAUCGUGAAGCAUUUCUGUUUUGCUUAAUAAUUUUAUCCACAUUAGCCAAAGAAAAACUAAAAAAUCUCGACAAAUUUUAAUAGCUCAAAAAUACGAAAUCAAAAAUAAUGAGAAACCCGUUAUUGUCGUAAAAUUGUCCAUUUUUUUUAUGUUAUUUACCUGCUGUUCUUAAUAUUAGAAAAAUGACCUCCCUAAUACACUAACAAUAUAAUAAGUAAUAUUGUUUUCUACCUGAAAAGAUGCUUUUCUCAAAAUCGAAGCAAUAUUUUUAGUAAAAAUUAAAAUUAAAAAAAUGUAAAAUAAUAAAAUCACGAACGCGAUAAAUUUGACCAUUUUUCUUUUACCCCUUUUUUCGUAUUUUAAAGUGAGAUUUGUCAUAAUAAUAAGUAUUCGGUGGGAUCAGUUAAAAACAUACAUAAUAAGUAUCAGCAAAAUAGCCGACUGUCAUUUGAUGAUUAGUCGAAUUUUUAUAAAAUAGGCUAACAAUUAACAGUAACGAAGUAGUUCGUACAUUAUUUGAUACCAAUCUUGUAAGUAUAUGUUGACGUGUUUAUAUACUUAAACGAAAUUUAAAUGCAUUAUAUUUUAUAUCCUAUUGUAUACAGGGAUGAAAUUGGAAUGGGCUACUGUUAAAGAUUCAAAACUGUACGUAGGCUCUCACGGAAUAGAGAUGUUGGCUUCAGAUGGUGUCACGGUAAUCGACCGGUCGUUAAUGUGGGUGAAAGAAAUAGACAAAAAUGGUGUGAUCAACCACCUUAACUGGGAGCAGAACUUCAUCAAGCUCCGCGAAGCCGUUGGCGUACAACUUCCAGGGUACGUGGUCCAUGAGUCGUGCGUUUGGAGCGACAUACAUGGCCGGUGGUUCUUUUUACCCAGGAAAUUGUCUAACGAAAAGUACGAUGAACACAUCGAUGAUACUCAGAAGGGCACAAACGUGCUAUUAGCUGCUACUCCGGAUUUCAAAAACAUCAAGGUGUAGCAUUAAGAUAAAAUUAUUGCGAUAAAAUUUACUUAAACAAAUGCGACAACAUGAAAAACAAAUCUUAGUAAAACCAUUAGGUAUAAAAAUAUAUGAUAUAUCUUCUUCGGUACAUUCAGAAUCUAAAAUUUAAUUAAAAUUGAAAGAUUAUUUAUAAUUUAGACAUUUAAAUUACAAAUUUGAAUACUUAUUCUAAAAUAUCUUAUACCUCAGAGUGCCAUUAGGCGCUACACGCUUAGUGAACCUAGGGCCCCGGGCUACUACUGGUGGAAACGUCAGGUGUUUUAUGUGAUAGAAGGACUCUAAUGCUACUUAUUAAAGUUAAGUUUUUACAAGAGUGUGAUGAGACCGAAUAUGUUGUAUGAUUCAAAAUGUUGAGUGGUAGAUAGAAAAUAGAAUAGAGAAUGAGUGUAACAGGCUUGAGAAUACUUGGGUAUUCUCUUACACUUCGUUAUAUUAGAAAAGUGAAGAUAUGUAAUAAGUACAUAAAAGGUAGAACAGGCUUCGGUAAUAGUAGUAGCAAUAGUAGUAUCUUCGAUAGUAGAUAAAAUGAGAAAAGACAAUCCGAGGGCAUGGUAUGAAAAGAGAAGAAUCAGAAACAGUAAGAGUUAUAAUGAAAGUAAACGUAGAAGAAGACCGCAAAAGAAAUGGAUAUGGUGCGAUUGAAAACGAUAUAAGGACGGUGGUGGAUGUAUGCCAGGACGAUGUGGAGAUUGGUUAAAGUGGAAUUUCAAGAUGAGGUUGGCCGAUUCCAAAUAGCGGAGAAGAAGAUUAUAAAAUAUCUUAUCCUAUUUCUUAAUGAGAGAGAAAUUAACUACUGUCAUCUAUCCACCACCCGCUUAUAAUAUUGUGUUGCUUAUAGAUACCUAAACUGAAUCGUAUUGUACACACAGGACAACAAUAAUAUUAAACUUAUCUGUUGCAUUGGAUUUAGGUAACGCGUAUCGGCCAAAUUAUUCCCGAUCACGGUUAUGCCAGUUUCAAAUUUGUUCCUGGUACCAACGACACGGUGAUCACUGCAAUCAGUACGAAGGAGGAAGCCAACAUAACGGCUACGUUUAUAUCCGUAUUUACCGUUGAAGGAAACGUUAUUUAUCCACAAACCCGAGUGAUUGAUCAAAAGUUUGAAGGGUUCGAGUUCAUAUGAACAAUGCCAUAAAUUAAAACGACCGUUUUUAUUACUGAUAUUAUUUGUAAAUCAAAUGGAUUGUACUUAUACAGCGAAAUUGUUCUAUAAUUGUUAUUUAAUCGUCUAUAAAAUCUAAAUAUAAACAUUUAUUGACACCUAAUAUAA